CCGGAGCCGCUUCCGUCAGGCACCGCCGGGACAGCCCCAAGGGGGCCUUGGGCCGCGAGGCUCUGUCGCUACGGCAACGCAGCGCGCGCGGAGAGGCUGCGGCGAACGCCAGGUCCUCAGGCCCCUGCCCAGGCCGUGUGGCGAUGGAGGCAGCUGAUGGCCUGGACACGGCGGUGCUGGAGCAGGAGCUGCUGGCAGCGGUGGCGGCAGACGAGCAGCGGGCGAGGGAGAACGAGGCCAAGCUGCGGGCCCUGCGCCAGGGAGUGUCCUCCUACGAGGAGUUCAGGAGCAUUGUGCUGGCAGCACACCUGAAGCCCCUGCAGAGGAAGGACAAGGUGGAGAAGGGGAGGAAUGUGCUGUGGAAUCCCUGUGCAGCCCAGGCCAAGGCCCUGCAGGGCAGCGAGGUGGAGAUCCCCCAGGAGCUGGAUCAGCUGCCUGGAACCUCUGCCGACUUUUACAGAGCCUGGCGCCGCUGCGCGAAGAGCAGCACGGAAAAGUACCACCUUCUGCUGGCACUGGGAGGGGAGGCCCUGGGCAGGAUCUUUCAGGCUGACCUGGGCUUUGGCCUGCUGGGUGAGUUCCUGAAGGUGCUGUCAGAGAACCUCUGCCAUGAGGACAGAGGCAGCGUGCUGCAGCUCCUGCAGAGCCUGGCGGGCACUGGGCGCUUCGGGCUAAACGUGGCCCUGCUGAGCCGGGCGGAGAAGGAGAGCAGCAGGGAUUUGUUUGGGAAGCUCCAGAGCAUGGGCAGGGGGCAGGGGAGCGCUGACCACCCUGGCAGCACAGCCAGCUGUGAAGCAGAGAGGGAAGCCCACCUCAUGGACACGAGGUUGCAGAAGGAAGCCGAGGAGGAAAGGAUGAUGAUGGAGCUGAUGCGACGUUACCAGGUCAGCUGAAGAAGCAGCAGGAGCAGAGAGCAGGAGGGGCCUGGCUGUGACCUCGCCGUGUGAGAUGGGGAAAGCAGACACGGGUGGAGCAUUGCUGUGAGUCUCUCUGUACCUGGGGUACAGGGCAAUGACUGCAGAAAUAAAGGUUAGCUGUGGAGAGGA